AUGGAGCACAAGGAUCUGUGGUAUAGUGGCAACAAAUUGCGUCUGGACAUGAAAAGGAGUGGUUGCACUGUUAGUGGACGAUAUGGCCGAUACCUGUGGGACGAUUUGCCUUGCCGCCGAAAAGUAAGUUCUGUUGAGGAAAAAUUGGUGGAAGCGGGUGCAAGUGCAGUAUAUGCCUUUUGCGUGCAUGGUAUCUUCUCGGGACCUGCACUGCAAAGGCUAAAUAGUUCGGUAUUCGAAGCAGUGGUCGUGACGAAUACGAUACCCCAAGAAGAAAACAUGAAAAAAUGCCCUAAAAUCCAGUGCAUCGAUAUUUCAAUGAUUCUGGCCGAAGCAAUUCGACGUACACACAAUGGCGAAUCAGUUUCAUAUCUUUUCUCACAUGUACCAAUGUAG